UUGAGCAACAAGUUGCAACCUUCCAUAAAUCCAUUCAGUUAGUCACCACCACCAGAAAAAUGAACGACUCUCUUUCUUAGACCCUCGGUCGAACAAGUUGGGUGCAAUAUGAAAUCCGACAUGCCUGGCGCCGCAGGGACGCUCCCUUCGUCGUUCCUCCCACCGAUGACUGACUUCCAACUAAAGGACACGAACCCUCUCCUCGGAGGCGGCGGCGGCGGCGGAAAGGCUGCCGCCUUCGACCUGGUGGAGAAGAUGGAGUACUUGUUCGUGCGGGUGGUGAAGGCGCGCGACCUGCCGGCCAUGGAUCUCACCGGAAGCCUCGACCCCUACGUGGAGGUGGUGCUCGGCAACUUCAAGUGCGUCACGAAGCACUUCGAGAAGAACCAUAGCCCCGAGUGGAACGAGGUGUUCGCGGUCCCCAAGGACCAGGUCCAGGGUUCCAGCCUGGUGGUGGAGCUCAAGGACAAGGAUUUCGUGGUCGACGACUUCGUCGGCCGCGUCGCGUUGGACAUCGUCGAAGUGCCGACGCGUGCGCCGCCGGAAAGCCCGCUGGCGCCGGAAUGGUAUCGGUUGGAGGACGCGUCAGGGAGGAAGCUGGAGAGGGGCGAACUGAUGCUCGCCGUCUGGUUCGGCACGCAGGCCGACGAGGCCUUCCCCUUCGCGACGCACCCCGAUGUCACGCCCGCCGUCGACCGUAGAAUCCACAGCGUUUACAACCGGUCCAAGGUGUAUCAUGCGCCGCGGCUGUGGUACCUGCGAGUCAACAUCAUCAACGCCCACGACGUCUUCGUCUCCGACGAGAACAGGAUUCCUGAAGUGCUCUGCAAGGCCAAGCUCGGGAGCCAAGUGUUCGUCACCAAGCCCAUCAAGUCCCGCUCCAACAUCUUCACCUGGAACGAGGUGUUCUUCUUCGUGGCCUCUGAGCCAUUCGAGAACGACACUCUCUUCCUCUCCGUAGAAGAUCGCGUCAGCCCCACCAAGGACGAGGUCCUCGGCCGCGUCCACCUCCCCCUGACCAGCAUCAACAAGCGCCCUGACGACCGCAACGUCCGCCCCAAGUGGUACGACCUCAAGAAGCCCGUUUUCGCCGUCGACGUCGACCAGCUCAAGGCGGACAAGUUCGCUAGCAAGGUCCAGGCCCGCGUCAGCCUCGACGGCGGCUACCACGUCAGCGCCGAGCCUGUGCAGUACGCCGGCGACUUUCGCCCAUCGGCGAAGCAGCUGUGGAAAAAGCCCGUCGGCGUGCUCGAGCUCGGCGUCCUGCAGGCGGAGGGGCUCCUGCCGACGAAGACGCGCGACGGGAAGGGCGCCUGCGACGCCUACUGCGUCGCCAAGUUCGGCCACAAGUGGGUGCGCACGCGCACCGCCGUCUCUGAUCUGAGCCCACGGUUCCACGAGCAGUACAAUUGGGACGUGUAUGACCACGCCACAGUGCUCACUGUCGCCGUCUUCGACAACAAUCAACUCGACGACUCCGCCGGCGGCGGAAACAGAGACUCUGUGCUCGGGAAAGUGAGGAUUCGGCUCUCCACUCUCGAAACCGACCGCGUGUACUCCAACUCGUACCCGUUGCUGGUGCUUCAACCCUCCGGCGUCAAGAAAACAGGGGAUAUCCACCUCUCCGUCAGAUUCUCCAUCACCUCGACACUAAACACUCUGCUCCUCUACUCAAAGCCCCUGCUCCCCAAGCUGCAUUACUCCCACCCGCUGCCGCUCUCGCAACAGCAGCAAGCGGCGCUCCGCGGACACGCGGCCAACGCGGUCGUGGCCCGUCUCGGCCGGAUGGAGCCGCCGCUGAGGAGGGAGGUGGUGACGUACAUGCUGGAAUCGCAGAUGCAUCAGUGGAGCUUGCGGCGGUGCACGGCGAACCUACAGCGUCUCUUGUCGGCCUUCUCGGGCGUGCGUAUGCUCGCAGGGUGGUUCGUCGACGUGUGCCAUUGGGCGAACCCGAUAACCACUCUGUUGGUGCACGUCCUGUACCUCUUGGCCGUCUGCUUCCCGGCGUCGGUUCUUCCGACGGCGCUCCUCUACAUGGUUUUUAUCGCGGCGUGGAGGUACAGAUUCCGUCCGCGGAAGCCGCCGCACAUGGACGCGAAGGUUUCAAACGUGGAGAAGGUGAAUCCGGAAGAGCUGGACGAGGAGCUGGACACGUAUCCGACGGCGAGGAGCCCGGAGGUGGUGCACGCGAGGUACUUCAAGUUGAGGAAUCUGGCGACGAAUGUACAGGUACAGGCGGGGAACGUGGCUACGCAGGGGGAGAGGUUGCACCAGCUGCUGUCGUGGAGAGAUCCACGGACGACGGUCAUGUUCAUGGCGUUCUGCCUGGUGGCGGCGGUGACUCUCUACGCGAUAGAGUUCAGGCUGGUAGCGUUGGCAGCGGGACUGUGGGUGAUGCGGCAUCCCAAGUUGAGGAAGAAGAUGCCAUCGACGGCGGCCAACCUUUUCCGGCGGUUGCCGGCUAGGACCGACACCUUGCUUUAGAGUCAGGGAAGGACUAUCCACUGCCCCCACGGGCGAGAUCAACUGGUUAUGACAUGAAUUCUUGCAGCAUGAGUCGAGAGGUCGAGGGUCUGUGGCAGCAAAUGCGAUAACAUCAAUAUCUGUCCGUGCUAAACACCUGAGACCACCAUGUCAUAGCUGGGCCCGUAUUCACCGUGAUUUACUCCCUCUCAUACUUGUGGGGCCGGGUUGAGGGGGCCGCUGGGUUGGCGGUUCUAACCUUUUGCAGCAGGGAAGGACUAUCCACCACCACCACCACCACCACCACCGCCGCCCACAUAGCAGUAAGUAGACGGAGAUUCGCCCCUUGAAGUUAAGGGGCUGAACCUCGGGCUAAUGGCUUAAAAUUUUAUACCCCAUGUAAUUUACUCUUCGUCCACUUAUCUACUAGUCACCCUAAUUUAUCUCUUCCAUGUUACUACUAAUUUAUCUCUUCCAUGUUACUACUAG